UAUUGUACUCCCAGUUAGCUGCAUCUGAAUCUGGAAUGCAAAUCUAUCUGGAGAAGUUUAAUUCCACUAAAGAAGUUGUUAAUUAUGGUGGAAUACUGACGCGUUUAAAUGCGAUGACCCGAGUGUUCUUGUUUUUUGGGGACCCUCUUAUAUUCAGAAAAUUUUUGAUUAAAGCGGUUGAACUAGAUAUGAUGAAAGGGGAACACGUGAGUGCAAAUAAUUAUCAUAAUAAGACUGAUAUUGGGUCGGCAAAAGCUGCGUUCACAUUAACAUUUUUGAAUUCGAUAGUGCCGAUCUACAUCAUUACAACGCCCUUUAGGUUCAAUACUGACCCCGGUUAUUUAACGUGGCAGAAAGGAGAUUUGGAUGACCAAACUGUGCGUCUUGCAUACCGUUCAGUGUUCAUUAUUGAGCCUCAUAAUACGGUUUAUGGCAGCACGAAUGGAUCCGACAAAUUUUCACUCGAGAUGAAAGAUUUGACGAAACGGGAAUACAAUUAUACAUAUAAGCCUUUCGAGCUGAUAAGCCCCCAUCCGGCGUCUGCAUAUGCUGGCAUACUUAUGAUCGCUCAGGUGAUCAACGAAUUGCUCGUCUCCAAGUCUUUCAAAUCGCUGGAGUCUGGAAGGGAAAUUGCCAAGCGCUUCUGGAGCCGGGCUUUUUAUACAGAUGUCGGAACUUUUUAUAUCGAUCAGGUUGGGGAACGUAUACCCACGGUAAUGGUGAACCAACUGGACUGGAAUACAUCUCAGAUCCGGACUGUCUUUAUACAAAAUUCUGCUACGUUAACUCUGGAAAUAAUUAACGAGCCACAGUGGCCGGGCGUUUGGCCGCCCAGAAACGUACCAGUCUGUGGAUUUCGAGGAGACUCAUUGGCUUGUGCAUUUAAAGGACACACUGACCUUUAUGCCGGAUCGAUUGCGGGCAUCGCAGUCGUAAUCCUUUUGGCAGUCAGUUUGGGUAUAGUCAUAUCUAGGCGCUUAGCAUACGAUAAAUUACUCAAGGAUACUUUAUGGAUAGUCGAUCCGUGUCUGCUGAGAUAUGCGGACACCAACCAACCUUUCAGUUCCCCGUUACCAUCAGAUACAAAAUCCCGGAAACUCCUAAAAUAUAGCGAUGACCAGCUUGUCUGGAUGUCGUAUGGAAGCACUUUGGAAUCGCCGAUGGCACGGACGCGGGGAUAUCUUUGCGAGGCUGCCAUAACUUACCUUUCCCACAUCCUACGGCUUGACCAUCCAAACAUCAACAGAUUCAUCGGCUUAUGCUGGUUGAACAACGUGGUGCACUUUGUUUACAACUACGUCAGUCGGGGUUCUUUGACAGAUCUAACACACCAAAUUACUUUGGACUAUGACCUGCAAAUAGCACUUAUUUUUGAUGUACUGCGGGGAGUAAAAGCCAUUCACCGGUCGCAAGUGAAAUACCACGGAGCUCUAACAAGUUGUUGCUGCUUCGUUGAUGAACAUUUUACAUUAAAAAUUGGAGAAGCGGGAUUUAUUAAACUACGCAAACGGAUGCGACCUUUAAAAAGUACAAAAAGACCAGUCGACAGUCAAACCAGCAGAACUGUGGAAACUAAUCGCAAAGGGUCCGAUGUGAAAGCAGUAGGAAUGGUGUUGCUGCAUAUAAUAACGCUUGAUGACCCUUUCGCGUAUACCGCAGAAAAUAGCCCCAAACUGAAUCCAGAAAAAAUAAAAACCAGUACAAUUUCCACAAAACUUUUGGAACUGUUGCCGGUAAUAAGGACGUGCACAGAUGAUCCACCGGAAAUAGCGACAGUAAUACAAAGCGCUACACAAGCCCUUGGUGUGAAACAUAAUUACGCAGAAGAAAGUCAUCUUUUUGAACGGAUUCUAAAUCGAUUGGAAGAUUAUACGGCGGAGCUGGAUCGGCAAGUCGGUGCAAGGACUACCGCGUUGUUAAAUGAGCGACGAAAAUGCGACGCUCUCUUGCGAGAAAUGUUGCCCAGUAAGGUCAUUGAAUUGCUACGGAAAGGAAUUACGCCUGCGCCAGAAGCGUUUGACUCUGCAACGAUUAUGUUCACCGAAAUCGGGGGAUUUCAAGGAAUUGUAUACACAGCGUUCGAUACCAUCGUUUCGUGCUUUGACGUUUACAAAGUGGAAACCAUAAAAGAUUCGUACAUGGUUGUGAGCGGUAUCCCAACCAGAAACGGCAAUUGUCAUGCAAAAGAAAUCUGCAGCCUAGCCAUCGCUCUUGUCAAGUCGUAUUCCGGUUUCGAGGCCCUUCACGACGGACAAACGGCACUCAGAGCCGGUGUCCAUACCGGUUCCUGUGCUGCAGGGGUUGUGGGAAAUAAAGUGCCACGAUACUGUCUUUUUGGUGACACGGUAAAUACUGCGUCGAGAAUGCUGAUGUACAGCUUUGAUUCGCGCGUCCAUAUCAGCGAAAAUACUGCUCGGCUACUGAUGCUGCACUAUUCCGAGUUCAAACUUCUACAACGAGGGGAACUAGAAGUCAAAGGAAAAGGAGCGGUCAGAACGUAUUGGUUGCUGAUUGAAGAAAUCUGAUUCUGGACUAGAUGUAUACGUACUGUAUUUUAUAACGCCUUUAAAAUGAUUAAAUUUUAAGAUAGAGCUUUGGUUAUUCUUACCAUUUAAGUUUUAAAUCAUCAAGUAGUGCGAACGAGCCUAUACUCUCUACUCUUUAGGCCUUCCUUUUGAAUAGGUAUUUGAAUGGAUAGUGUUUGUUAAAACAGUCGUUACAGUCUUUAGAGAAUCAA